UAACACAUUGGGUUUGUGGGCUAGUUAGAUUAUGAUUAAAGGGGUUUGUGUUUUUGCUAUAAAUGUAUGUCACAUGUUCUUGACUUUUGUGAUGUGUGUUUUUGUUUAAUCACGAAUCGAAGCUUCCUGGGUAGUUUCUUGUAAAUUGAUCACUGCUGAUAUCUAUUUAAAGGAGAGGAAGUUGGGCAGUUUAGAUAAUCUCUAGAACCAGUUCUUUAAGCUUGUGAAUUUGGGUUUUUAAUGGUACUGAAACGAUCAGCUGGGGAAGGGGGUGAAGGAGGUUCUGAACUUCCGACUCGUGAAUUUAAACGCCAGCAUUUUCUUGCAACUCUUUUUGGAGAGUUGGAGAAUAGUCAGGCUGUUGAAGAAUUUGUGCAUAAAUUUGAACCCUUCUUCCGAAAUGUGGUGCGAGAAGAGAUUGAACGUGCAAUCCAAUCAUUUCUGAGACCCUCACAAAAUCAAAUCGAGAGCUCUGGAUCAAGAACAUGGCAGCUGUGUUUUGAUUGUGAAUUGCCGGGUACCAUUUUCACAGGAAAUAGGAUACUAUCUGAGGGCGGAAGACCCAUCAAAAUUGUUCUGUAUGAUUCUGGUUCCAAGACCAUAAUAACGUCUGGACCGUUGUCUUCACUAAAGGUCAAUGUUGUUGUUCUUGAUGGUGAUUUUAAUCCCGAUGAUCAGAACAACUGGACAGAGAAAGAGUUUGUGAGUAAAAUUGUUCCGAAUAGAGAAGGAAAAAGGCCGUUGGUGACUGGAGAAUUGGCAGUCCAUUUGAAAGAGGGAGUAGGUUAUAUUGGUGAAGCCAACUUCACUGAUAAUUCAAGCUGGAGUAGGAGUGGGAGAUUUAGGUUGGGCUUAAAAGUGAAGAAUAAUUCCACUAUUAGGGAAGGAAUAAGCAAAGCCUUCAAAGUGAAAGAUCACCGUGGAGAGUCAUACCAGAAACACUACCCGCCAUCCUUGGACGAUGAAGUAUGGCGCUUGGUAAAGAUAGCUAAAGACGGUCCAUCCCAUAAAAGGUUGGCUCAAAAUGGUAUAUCCUCUCUCAGAGACUUUUUGAGGUGGUACGCCAGAGACGAGUCUUCACUACGCACUAUACUCAACAUCUCAAACAAGAAGACAUGGGAUACAAUCAUCGAGCAUGCUACAACUUGCAAUUUGGAUGACAGCUUGUACUUGUACAGUGGUGCACAUGAAAUUAGACUUUUCUUCAACUGCGUCUAUAAGCUUGUAGGAGCUACUUUUUAUGGACAAAAUUACAUCCCCUUUGAAAAACUCAAUGCAUAUCAGAUGCAAGUGGUGGAAAAUCUGAAGCAGCAUGCUUAUAGAAACAUAAAGGACUUGGUGCCUGUCGAUGAUCAAUCAGCUGGUGGCUACCCGAUGCUAUUGCCGAGUGUGGGAGCAGACAAUCUUAAUUAUACUACUACAUAUGUGCAGAAUGCUAAUUUCCCAGUUCAACAAGAAAUGCAGAUGAACCCUGCUCAUCCAACAACUUCAUUACAUAAUUACAAAGUGGAACGAGAAUAUAGUCCAUUUGAAGUGUCUUUUGGAGAGAGUUCUUGUCAAAUGCAAGAAUUUAAUUCGACAUCUGGAAACAAUUUUGGGAUGAGUGAUUCUCAAAGCGAAUCCUAUAUGGGAGCAGAUACUUGGGCUUCUGGAGGUAAUUAUGUGGGCUCGUAUAUGUCAAUUAAUGAUCCAAGUGCCGAUAAUUUUCUGGUUGAAUCCUCAGCAUUCCAAGGGAAUGAAUUGUUUCUGGGUUCAACCACCCAAGAAAUGGGCCCUUUCUCUUCCAAUCAUGGAAUUCGUUUCCCCAGGAACAGGAAGCACAAAACAAGAUGGUGUAAGGUUCUGGCUGUGGUUAAGUGGCAUUUGAUUAGGAGGAAUGUUGCUGCAAGAAAAUGGAAGCAACUCUACGGCCAUAUGUAAAUUUAUAUCAUUCCAUCCUUAGAAAAAUGACCACAAAAGCAUAAGAGUCGAGCGCUUUCUCUAGCAACAGGUUAUAUCUGUAUAAUAGUCUAUAUAGUGAGAGUCGUAAUAUUACCCUUUGCUGAAUUCCUGUAAGUGCAACAAAGGGAUAUUGUAUAGAGUUUCUUGCAAGGAUAGUCGGGUUUAGAUCAAGCAUCCGUGAAGAUUUGCCUGUGGAAGGAAUGGCAAGUGUCUUUGUUAAGCUUCCGGAUGCUGUCUUGGUCGAUCCAGUACUUUGUUGUAUUGUAUUGUUGUUAUGUGGUCUUUCAUGCAUCAAAUGUUUAUUUGUAUUGUAUUGUUGUUAUGUGGUCUUUAAUGCAUCAAAUGUUUAUUCGUACUUGUAGAAAGUGCAGUUCUCACA